UCAGUAUGAUGUUCAUAUUUUCAACGCUUUUGUCGAUGAAGUUCCAACCCUUUUGGUUGCUUCUUCUAAUGUUCUUUUCUGCAUUUCCCCAUUCUCAUGCUUUCAAUUCUUCUGGAAUUGCUUCAGAAGCAAAUGCUCUGCUGAAGUGGAAAGCCAGCCUUGACAUGAAGAGUCAAGCUUCUCUCUCUUCAUGGACUGCCAACACUUCUUGCAAUUGGUUCGGAAUUGCAUGUGAUCACUCCAAUCAUGUUUCCCAAAUAAAUCUUCAAAAUAUUGGAUUGAGAGGUACGCUUGAAAACCUCAACUUCUCAAUGCUUACAAACAUUCACACUCUAAAUGUAAGUAACAACUCCCUGAGCGGAAGUAUUCCUCCUCAAAUUGGAGUUCUGUCCAAUCUAGUUGUUCUUGAUUUGUCUGCUAAUAAACUCUCUGGGAUUAUCCCUUCUGAAAUAACACAGUUGAUUAGCCUUCAAAAGUUGAACAUGAGUGGUAAUAUUUUCAGUGAGUCCCUUCCCCAAGAAAUAGGGAGAUUGAGGGAGCUGAGAAUGCUUCAUGUUCCUUGGUGCAAUCUCACAGGGGCAAUCCCAAUCUCUAUAGAAAAGUUGAACAAUUUGAUUCAUGUAGAUGUAGGAGGCAACAACCUUUCUGGCAGCAUUCCUCAGAGAAUUUGGCACAUGGACCUAAACCAUUUGUCAUUUGGAACUAAUAAAUUCCAUGGUUCCAUUCCCAAAGAAAUUGUAAAUAUGAGGAACCUGGAGAUUCUAUAUCUUGGGGAAAGUGGCCUUUCCGGCACCAUGCCCCAAGAAAUUGACAUGCUGGGGAAACUAAUACACCUGGUAAUGAGCAGUUGUAAUCUUACUGGAUCCAUACCUAUUUCAAUUGGAGCUUUGACUAAUAUAUCAAUUCUUAGCUUACAAAACAACCAACUUUCUGGUCACAUUCCUGGUGAAAUUGGUGCUUUGACCAAUCUAUCACUUCUCAUCUUAAAUGACAAUCAACUUUCUGGUUUUAUUCCUCAUGAAAUUGGAUUUUUGAGAAAACUCACUGAACUUGAUUUGUCUCAGAAUUUUCUCUCUGGUAAAAUCCCUUCCACAAUUGGAAACUUGAGCAAUCUAAGUUUUCUAUACCUUUAUGGCAACCAAUUCUCUGGAUUUAUCCCGGAUGAAAUAGGAGAUUUGCAUUCCCUUCAAACAAUCCAGUUGCUGGGCAAUAAUCUCUCUGGACCAAUCCCUACUUCCAUAGGUAACCUGGUCAAUUUGGAAUCCAUUUUACUUGAUCAAAACAACCUCUCUGGACCAAUUCCUACUUCCAUAGGUAACCUGGUCAAUUUGGAAUCCGUUUCUCUUUCUCAAAACAAACUUUUUGGAUCCAUUCCUUCCACUAUUGGAAAUUUGUCGAAGCUUCGUGAAUUAUUUUUACUUAACAAUAAUCUCAGUGGCAAGAUUCCAAUAGAAAUGAACAGGAUUAUUGCUUUGGAAAGUUUGCAGCUGGCUGAUAAUAAUUUUGUUGGCCAUUUACCUCACAACAUUUGUGUUGGUGGAAAGUUGGCAAAAUUUUCCGCUAGCAAUAACCAUUUCACUGGCCACAUUCCAGAGAGUUUGAAGAAUUGCUCUAGCCUUAUACGAGUGAGACUUCAGGAAAAUCAACUAACUGGAAACAUAACAGAUGCUUUUGGUGUACUUCCAAACUUGGUUUACAUCGAAUUGAGUGAAAACAAUUUUUAUGGUCAUCUUUCACCAAAUUGGGGGAAGUUUCGUAGCCUCACAAGCCUCAAGAUCUCUAACAAUAACUUAUCAGGUGUUAUCCCACCAGAACUAAGCGAGGCAACCGAAUUACGUGAACUUCAUUUAUCCUCAAAUCAUCUUACAGGAAGCAUUCCACAAGAUUUAUCUAAAUUGGUUUUCUUGUUUCGCCUAUCACUCGACAACAAUAAUCUUUCAGGAAAUAUUCCCUCAAAAAUUGCAUCAAUGAAGAAUCUUCAAAUUUUGAGGCUUGGAUCUAAUAAUUUGUCUGGGUUAAUUCCAGACCAACUUGGAAAUUUGUUCAGUUUAUUGGAAAUGAAUUUGAGUCAGAACAAAUUUGAGGGAAAUAUUCCCUUAGAGCUUGGCAAAUUAAUAUCUCUUACGACUCUUGAUCUCAGUGAAAAUUUGUUGAGGGGAAGAUUAACAAAUGUGCUUGGAGGAUUACAAAAAUUAGAAACAUUGAAUCUCUCUCACAAUAGUCUCUCAGGUGAUCUUUCUAGCUUUGAUGAUAUGAUGAGCUUGACAUCUAUUGAUAUAUCUUACAAUGANUUUGANGGUCCACUUCCAAACAUUCCAGUNUUUCGCAAUGCUACAAUGGANGCNNUAAGAAAUAAUAAAGGCUUGUGUGGCNANNUUAGUGGCUUNNAGCCUUGCCNAACANUANGUNGNAANUCNCANAANCANANGACAAAGAAAGUCAUAANNNUNGUUNUACCCCUUACUUUGGGCANUCUANUNCUNGCAUUNUUUNUUUUUGGAGUNUNNUAUUAUUUAUGCAAAACUUCAGNGAAANUNGAAGANNAANCUACCAAUUUNCAAACUNCAAACACAUUUGCAAUAUGGAGUUUUGAUGGCAAAAUGGUAUUNGAGAAUAUUGUUGAAGCCACUGAAAANUUUGACGAUAAGCAUCUCAUUGGAGUUGGAGGNCAAGGACAAGUUUACAAAGCANUGUUANCCUCAGGUCAAGUUGUGGCUGUAAAGAAACUUCAUUCAGUUCCAAAUGGAGAAAAGCUCAAUGUGAAAGCUUUCACAAGUGAGAUCCAAGCUCUGACAGAAAUUCGCCAUCGUAACAUUGUAAAGUUAUAUGGGUUUUGUUCACAUUCCCAAUGGUCAUUUACGGUUUGUGAAUUCUUGGAGAAGGGCAAUGUCCAGAAUAUUUUGAAGGAUGAUGAAGAAGCAAUUGCAUUUGAUUGGAAUAAGAGAGUGAAUGUUAUUAAAGAUGUAGCAAAUGCUUUAUUGUACAUGCAUUAUGAUUGCUCACCACCAAUUAUUCAUCGUGAUAUAUCAAGUAAAAAUGUCCUUUUGGAUUUGGAAUAUGUGGCACAUGUCUCUGAUUUCGGAACAGCCAAGUUUCUUAAUCCCAAUUCAUCCAAUUGGACCUCAUUUGUAGGAACCUUCGGAUAUGCCGCUCCAGAACUUGCAUACACAAUGGAAGUGAAUGAGAAAUGUGACGUGUAUAGUUUUGGAGUGUUGGCAUGGGAAAUACUUCUGGGAAAGCAUCCUAGUGAUUUUAUAUCUUCCUUAUUAUCAUCUUCAUCCACUGCUGAUCAUAUGACAUUGAUGGAUAAGUUGGAGCAGCGUCUCCCUCCUCCAACUAAACGUUUACUUAAAGAAGUGGCAUCAGUGGCGAAAAUAGCACUUGCUUGCAUGACUGAAAGUCCACGAUCACGCCCUACUAUAAAGGAGGUUGUCAAUGAGCUUGUAAUGAGCUUGUAG